GGCGGGGCUGCGGGCCGGCGGCGGCAGGAUGUGUGACCGGAACGGUGGCCGGCGGCUCCGACAGUGGCUGAUUGAACAAAUCGACAGCUCCAUGUAUCCAGGGCUGAUUUGGGAAAAUGACGAGAAGAGCAUGUUCCGGAUCCCUUGGAAGCACGCUGGCAAGCAGGACUACAACCAGGAGGUGGAUGCCUCCAUCUUCAAGGCCUGGGCGGUGUUUAAAGGGAAAUUUAAAGAGGGCGACAAGGCCGAGCCAGCCACUUGGAAGACCAGGCUGCGCUGUGCUUUGAACAAGAGCCCGGAUUUUGAGGAAGUGACGGACCGAUCUCAGCUGGACAUUUCCGAGCCCUACAAAGUGUACCGCAUCGUCCCCGAAGAGGAGCAGAAAUGCAAACUGGGCCUGGCGCCCCCGAGCGGCGUGAGUGAAGUCCCGGAGAUGGAGUCCGGGCGCCCUGACCUGGAGGAGUUCAUCAAGGAGGCCCCCGUGGACGAGUACCUGGCGAUGAUCAAGCGGAGCCCCUCCCCCCUGGAGGCCUGCAGGAGCCAGCUCCUCCCGGACUGGUGGGCGCAGCAGGCCAGCGCAGUGUCCCCCGCAGGUCUGCCGCUGCUCACCGGGUACGCCGCCUUUGACUCCCACCACGCAGCCUUCUCGCAGAUGGUGAUCAGCUUCUACUAUGGAGGCAAGCUGGUGGGCCAGACCACCACCACCUGCCCCGAGGGCUGCCGCCUGUCCCUGCCGCAGCCCGGGCCGCCCCGGCAGUGCGGGCCCGAGGGCCUGGAGCUGGUGCGCUUCCCGCCGGCCGACGCCAUCGCCAGCGAGCGGCAGCGGCAGGUGACGCGGAAGCUGUUCGGGCACCUGGCGCGCGGCGUGCUGCUGCACAGCGGCCGGCGGGGCGUGUUCGUCAAGCGGCUGUGUCAGGGCCGCGUCUUCUGCAGCGGCAACGCCGUGGCGGGCCAGGGCCGGCCCAACAAGCUGGAGCGCGACCAGGUCGUGCAGGUCUUCGACACCAGCCAGUUCUUCCGAGAGCUGCAGCAGUUCUACGCCAGCCAGGGCCGCCUGCCGGACAGCAGGGUGGUGCUGUGCUUCGGGGAGGAGUUUCCAGACAUGGCCCCCGUGCGCUCCAAGCUCAUCCUGGUGCAGGUGGAGCAGCUCUACGUCCGGCAGCUGGCGGAGGAGGCCGGGGAGAGCUGCGGCGCGGGCCCCGCCAUGCAGGCCCCGGAGGAGCCCCAGCCCGACCAGACCUUCCGGAUGUUUCCGGAUAUCUGCGCCUCACACCAGAGACCCUUCUUCAGAGAGCAGCAGCAGAUCACCGUGUAGGUGUCUCUCCGGGGGACCCACCCCCCCGCCGGGGCCGCGG